UAUUUCUAUAUUACAAGUGGAAGAAACCUCUGCCCCUCCUUCUCUUUCGUUCUUUCAUCAUACCAAGACUGGUUUUGAUUGUGUCUGUGAAAGUUUCAUUAAGGCAUAACAAAAUGGUAUUUCGUUUUGGAGAUUGGUCUUUUUGUGUAGCAAUAUUAGUACUAGUAUUGAGCAGCAUAUCAAGUUCAAAUUCUCUGAGGAUCAAAAAACAAGUUAAGACCAAAUCCGCUGUAUUUCUAUCCCCUGAGUUUGAGUUGGGACCAGGAUCAGUGAUCAAUAGAUUUUACUAUGACAUUGACUUCCCAAGAGGUCAUAUUGCUGUGAAGAGUUUUAAUGCAGAAGUUGUUGAUGAAGCAGGGAACCCUAUCCCUCUUCAUGAAACUUAUCUUCACCAUUGGGUUGUUUACAGAUACUAUCAACCCAAAGAUGACCAUCAGAAACAUAACAGAUCAAAAGUUAUGAUAGUCGGUAACAAUGGAAUAUGCCAGAAUCUUGGGCAGUAUUAUGGUCUUGGCUCCGAAACAAGAAAAACGCCUACGUUUGUUCCUGAUCCUUAUGGUGUUGAAGUUGGUAAUCCUGCUGAAAUUCCUGAUGGCUAUGAGGAGAGAUGGCUGGUCAAUGUGCACGCAAUCGAUACGCGAGGCGCGGUGGAUGGGCUGGGAUGCACUGAGUGCAGGUGUGAUCUUUAUAACGUCUCCAAGGAUGAGUAUGGCCGGCCUUUGAGGUCAGAUUAUAGAGGAGGCCUGUUGUGUUGCUAUGAUCAAACAGAGUGUAAAGUGAGGAAAGGCUUUCAGGGGGUCAAGAGAAGUCUCUACCUCAGAUAUACUGUGGAAUGGAUUGAUUGGACUGAUUCUAUUUUGCCUGUGAAGAUCUAUAUUUUUGAUGUUACUGAUACUUGGAAUGGUUUGAACUCUGAACAUCAUUGUCAAGUGGAAUAUGAAGUUGUGGAGUCAUGCAAGGGCACUGGUAUGACUAGUGACAGAUGCAUUGACACCAAAAGCACAAGGGUCAGCAUACCAAAAGGUGGAUAUGUUGUGUAUGGUGCUGCUCACCAGCAUACCGGGGGAGCUGGCUCAACAUUAUAUGGAGAGGAUGGAAGGGUGAUAUGUUGGUCGAAUCCAAUCUAUGGAAAAGGGAAGCAAGCAGGGGACGAGGCCGGUUACAUUGUGGGAAUGUCCACUUGUUAUCCUGAACCGGGUUCAGUCAAGAUUCUUGAUGGUGAGACAUUGGUUCUUGAGUCCAAGUACAGUAGCAGCCAAGCACACACUGGAGUUAUGGGGCUAUUUUACAUUCUAGUCGCCGACCAAUUGCCAAACUCAUCGAAGAUCUUUUGAUCGAGUGAGUGUUGUUUUUCACUUUUGUAACAUAAAUAAAGCGUUGUCUAUAUAAAAUGACUUGGGAAGUGAAGAGUACUGGUUUCUGAUUAAUGGUUGCAACAAUAUAUCCUUGGAUUCAUAAUUUGUUGCAAAAUAAUUUAGGUUUCAGUUUGGUUUUGACAUUUAUGUGUCAUGUAUAAAUAUUAGUUAUGAGUGUGAAAUUCAAGAUUUCAGCA